AUGUCAACAGGCGAUUCCUCCGAUCCAGCUGCUCAGGCAGCGGCGGCAGCAGCAGCCGAAGCCGCUUUUCACAAAUUCGCGGUUGAGUUAUGGACACUGUAUGGUAUCGGUGUUAUGGCAACAUUCCUGAGAACAUAUGCUCGAAUCCGCGCAGUCGGAGUAAGAAAUUUGAGAGCAGACGAUUAUCUUGUCUGGGUCGGAGUUGCUUUCUAUAGUGCUCAAGCAGCGCUUGGUUACAGUAUCGGAAAUGUUGCGCAUGGGUUGGCAAACAACGGCAUGACUGAUGCUGAGCGUGCUGCACUUUCGCCAACCGACCCUGAAUAUGCAACAAGAGUCAUCGGCUCGAAGAUCCAGGUUGCGGGCUGGACAACAUACUCUCUUCUCAUCGGCUUCCUGAAGUUGUCUGUUCUUGCUUUUUAUAUCCGAUUGACGGAUGGGCUAGGACGACCAUAUCGCAUUCGUAUCAUCAUCGGGUUUGUCAUGGUUAUUGGAACAACCGUGGCCUGUAUUCUCACAAACUUUCUUGCAUGCCGGCCGUUCAACAAGUACUGGCAGAUCAACCCUGAUCCUGGCAACACCUGCCAGGCGGCCGUCUCAAGACCGAUUAUUUGGGUGUCAUUUGCGGCCAAUAUAUGCACCGAUAUAUAUCUCAUCCUGAUCCCACUGCCGAUGUUGUGGGGUUCAAGUUUGAAGAUGAUCAAGAAGAUUGCUUCGACGAUUGUUCUAGGAGCCGGCAUUUUCGUCCUCGUUUGCGCAACACUAAAGAGUAUUUUCGUCCUUGUUGACCCCGUGAACGGUGCUCAACUUGCUGGAUCUUGGGGCACGAGAGAGGCAUUCGUUGCCGUAAUCACGACGAACCUCCCCAUGCUCUUUCCAUUGUUCAGAGUCUGGCUCGCACCUCUUUGCGGAAGCGCCCUACGAUCGUCGAAGAAGUCGUACAAAACGCCAACCGGUCUGGUGACAUUUGGAGGCGGCGGCGGCGACUCAUCCACUCCUCGAAAUCGACCGCGCACCGCAAACCCGAUCACCGCGAAUAUGACGUUUAGCGAGAGCGAGGAACGAAUGGUUGGAGAUAUCAAGAUGGAGAACAUGCGAAACGGACGACAGCCAGCAAAUGCAAUCGUGGUGUCGAAUCAAGUUGAAGUGACGCACUCGGACCGAAACAGCCAGAUCGAUGGUCGCCAUGCGGAACGUGCCCACGAGCAAUGGUGA